AUGUCCAACCCAGGCUGGCAUACCGACGAGCUAGGCGAAGAAUGGGUCGAAUCGGGCUCCCCUCCUCCCGAAUCUCCGUCAGAAAAACGUCGAUCAACCUCAAAACCCCCUACUCUUUCAGCGUCCACAGCCAAGGGGUCCAUAGCCAACAAGCGCGGCUCGCUACGGUCUCUCGGAUAUUCUGCGCCAAGAGGUCUACCGUCGCGGAACGCUACGAACGGUAGCCCGGAGAGGGUGGUCUCAGGCCAUGGGAGCGGAACGCGAUUGCAGCCAUCAGGCGACUUUCUCGUCCCGCAAGGAACGGGAAUACUGUCCCCGCCUUCUUCGCGGUCAAGCUCGGAGGGCGGACCAGACAUCGCGGCGGAGAAUGGGACGGUGGCGGUAGCAGGGACAUGCGUGGUCAAGGACGGGGUGGAGGAUAACCGUGGAGGAGCGCUGGCGAGACUAGGCGUCAAGUCAAAAGACAUCUUCGGAAAGAACGCGCUAGAACGGAUGUUCGAGCCGCCAUCGCCGCCCACUGCAUCUUCGGACCCACCCCCCGCAUCUGCUCCCCUCGAGAUCAAAACCCCCAGUCGCCCACCUCCCACCUCCACGCCCAGCUCGGGCGCUUCCUCGGUCGAAGAGGUCCGCCGCGCCUCCCACCCCUUUGCCCCGCGCAACCCCAGCCGCCUCAGCAAAUCCAUGACGCCAUCCUCUCACUCUUCCUCUCUGGCGCCAUCGGAAACCUCUCAGCUCCCGGCGGACGAGUCUGCCCUGGACGACACGUUGCCCGCUGCGGAGGAGGACGAGAACAGCAUGUCCCUGCUGGGGCCGGACGGGGGUCCGCAUGAUGUCGAGCAUUCAAUGCAGCAUCUCUCCAUUGAAGGGGACGAGGUGGAUGGCAGUCCUCUAGCGAGAGGUGCUACCCGCUUCCCCUUCACAUUCAACGCACCUAUCCGCUACUCAUCCGGGCAGACCGGCUCGGGCACGGCAAGCGGUUCAGCUACCGUCCGGGGGGGCUCUAUAAGGCAACUUCCGGCGGAUGACGACUUUGAAGCACUCUUCAAUCAGCCAGACAACGGCGACGGACCAUCUCACUCGACCAUCCAUGACAUUGCCCUUCCUCCCGACGCCCGCGGCAAGCGUGGUGCUCUCCCUCCUAAAUCCCCCAAACUCCCACCAAACCCCAAUCUUCGCCUCUUCCGGUCAACAUACGACACGUGCACCCGGGAACACCUCUCCGCCAUCGUCGACUCUAUCGGGAUCGAGGCGUCCCCGUCCCCUCCUCCUCCAGCUUCGGCGCAAUAUCGCGAAUGGUCUCCCGCCGACUCUGCUUCUCCGGGUGGACAUGAAGGGAGUGGUCGGAGUGGAGAAGGGGAUGCGGAUAGCUGGGGAACGGGGACUGGGACACACUCGUCCGAGGAGUCGACAGACUCGAGGAGUAGCAAGCGGCUGCGCCUGUCUCCGCCUAGUCCAAAGCGGCAGCCGAGGGAUUGGGGCAAUGUCGGACUGGAGAUUAUGGGCCGGAUCAAGGGGAGGCAGGUGGAGGAAAGCACGACGAGCGCGAGUCCGUAUCAGUCGGGAGGCAGCUUGGUAGAUGAAGAGGACGGUCCAAGCAUCGAGUACCCCGUCAUACCGCCUACGCCUCCCCUCGACCGGCGCGCUCCUUCCCAACAGCCAUCAUCUCAUCUCGCAGCAUCCGCAUUGCCUCGUCAGACCUCACACAAGCCCGGACCCAACGGUAAUCACCGGUCCAACCCCUCUACCGCAUCCUCUGGCUACCUCCGUACCGCCGAGGCUAUGAUGGCCAAUCUUCGACAACGCGCAGUCUCGGACAGCGCCUCUGCUAUCUCUGGCGGUGCACAAACUGCCGACUCGAGUGCCGGCGAUGCGCGGAAACCGCUGAGCGAGACGGACGAGAAUGUGGGGAGCAGCGAGACGGAUGCGUGGAGGUCGGAGUGGGAGUAUGGGGGCAAGUCGCAUCGAGGUGGGAGUAUGAGGGGAAGCAGAGGCAAGGGACGCGGUGCAAGUCCAAGGAGACUUCUGAGGCGCCUGAGUGCGGCGGAGGAGAUGAAGCGAGCAGGAGAAGACAGCGCGGAGGAAGAGGAAGAAGAGCGUCCGCCCGCCCAGCUCCGCUAUGGUUCGGUCCGGUCUCGACAGGCUGUCCCUCGUCCUGCUCUUGAAGCGCCAUCCAGCCCACCCGGCCAAGGCGUCAAUACGGACGACCUCAACCGCUACGUUUCGUCCACUACCGUACCCACUACCCACACAUCUACCAUCUCCACCUCAUUCGUCAAGCAUGCUGGACCAAAAGGCAAAGGUCCCAUGCGCGUUAUUCGGCCCGACGAGGUUAACGGGCUUGUCGGGCAGCAGGUCGGCAAGAUGCGGUAUGAUGCGACUCUGAUGCGCUGGGUGCGCGAGCGCGGUGGGAGUGGGCUGGAGCGGGUCAGUGAGGGGAGCGCGGAGGAGAGCAGAAGGGUGGGGAGCGAGGAGAGCGUGGAUGUCUUUGCUGGGAUGAGUGAGGAGGGGUCCAGGCGGGGCUCGGCUCAGCAGGACCCAGCGCCAGAGCAUGCUGGUGCCGAGGAAGAGCAGUCCGACACGGAUACCGACUCGAAUGCUGGGGCGGAACUCGCAAACAUGACUACGAUUGACGCUGCCGCGCUACUCGAUACGUCCGAAUCAGAGGGCGAAGAGGAAGAGCCACGAGCUGCUGGGCUGGCGGUCCCGACUACAGCUCUCACCUCUUCCCCUCUAUCCCUACCCACACCCCUCCCCGCGCCAACUCCCGCGCGGCCGGCAGUCUCGCACACCAACUCUGCUCCCGCCAUCCUCACUCCCCGUCCGUCGUCGGCCAAUCCUCUACCUAUCCGCUCGGCCCUCCGGAACCCCAACAGCAACGGCCAGCUCAGCGACGGCACCCCUGGUCUCAAAAAGAAGGCCUCAUGGCUCGAAGAUCUCCCCCUUACUCCCUUCGCCGAGGGGUCCCGAUCCAUCACCCGCUCUGUUUCCUUCUCGGACGGCAAGAAGCAUGGCAAGAUUGAGGGGCUGGAGACGGGCGGUGUGCUACCCCGGGGUGGGCUGAAACGAGCGAGUACUGGUCCUGGAGUGAUGAGUCUCUCUGAGCAGCUCCGGGGGCUAGGGGAGGAGGUGCGUGCGGCAAAGGACAAGGCUGGCAAGAAGGCGAUGCCGGCUCUGGAUGAUGUCUCUGGACCGGUGGUGGACGAGGAGAUGAGCGGGAAGGAUGGGGGCGAUGGGAAUCUGUUUGAUCGGAAUGGGAUGAGCUUGUUGGCUAGCGCGCGAACGAGGCGGAUCCAGGAAGUAUUGGGCGAUAUGGAAGAGCUCAGUCUUGAUAAUAUCACUCCCUCCAAGCCUAGUCGAUGGCCUGAACCGGUCCGACCACCAGCGCUCGCGCCUACGCCCAACCCUCACGCGGCUAGAUCAGCCUUUCAACCUGUCCCGUCUGGUGCAGCAGACGCAUCCCGGGCGGACACGACACAUGACCUCUCCACGCUCCCCGCGCGCUCAUUCCGCCGAUCCCGGUCCCACCGCGAGAACGCCGUCGCCACGGGUCAAGCCACAUUCCUUACCGAGUGCUCCUUCGCGGUAGCGUCAGACCAGCUCGUCAAGGUCAUCACAGACGUACAGCCGUUCGAGCCAUAUUGGGAGACGUUGAAGGAGGUGGAUCUGAAUGGGAAGGGAUUGGAGGGGGUGGGUAGGCUCAAGGAGUUCUUGCCGGCUCUGGAUGAGGUCAACCUGAACGACAAUGCCAUCUCAUACCUCACGGGAAUACCUUCCGGCGUCCGAGCGCUCCAGGUUGCAGGGAAUCGAUUGAGCUCUUUGACCUCGGUGGAUCACCUGCGGAAUCUCCAAGUGCUUGAUCUGUCCCGGAAUCAGCUGGAUAGCGUGUCCCAACUUCGCUGUCUGAAACACCUGCGCGACCUCCGGGUGGAUCAUAAUCGCAUCACCGACCUAUCGAGCAUUAUGAACAUGGACAGCCUCGUCAAGCUCAGUGCGCGCGGGAACCGGAUCGACAAGCUCGAUCUUUCGGUAUCGAGGUGGAAGAAGCUGGAGCAUCUCGAGCUUCCAGAAAACGGGCUCGGCGAGGUGGUUGGUCUAGAAGAGCUUGAGGGUCUGGUCACGCUCAACCUGGACGACAAUGACCUUAUCACUCUCUCCUCCGCCUCCCCGCUUGUCCGCCUCCGAACGCUCAAGGUGUGCCGGAACGACCUGGCUCUGCUCGAUAUGGAACACUUCCCCAAAGUCCGGACCCUGUACGCAGAUGAGAAUCGCCUGCUGGGGCUCAAGCGCUCCGAUCGAUCCAGGAGCCGGCUAGACUCGCUCAGCUUGCGGAGUCAGCGAGCGAGGGGUUUGAGGCUGGCCAAGGGGGAGAUGGAAGGUCUUAAGCGGCUGUACAUCUCCGGCAACGACUUGUCGCCCGACUUCUUCUCUUCCGGGCAGCUCAAUCAGCUCACGUACCUCGAGAUGGCUGCGUGUCGCCUAUCCGCUUGGCCGAAGAGUAUCGCCGCUCAGAUGUCCUCGCUUGAGGUGCUGAAUGUCAACUACAACUUCCUCGAGGAUCUGGCGGGACUGAAGGGUAUGCGGAAUCUGAGAAAGGUGUCGGUGGUAGGGAAUAGGCUGGAAGGUGGAGAUAGGGGGUUGAAGGGGUUGGAGUCGCUGGAAGAGGUCGAUCUGAGGAUGAACCCCAGUACCCUCGGCUACUACAUCUCCCUCUUCAUACCCGCGCACACCGCUCCCGCCUCCCGUCCCCACCUUGCUCGACCCAACAAGACCGCCAUCCUCCUCGGCCGUACCGGACCCAAUGCGACCCUCUCGGCCUCCACUCGCGGCUCCACCACGUCCAUGUUCUUCCAGCAACAAGAGACAGGCGCGGACUGGGCCGAGAUGGAUACGGAAUUCCGACGGAAUCUGCCGGAUAUGUGGUAUGGCAAGAGACUGGCCUAUCGGGGCGGGAUCAUGCAGCGGUGCCCUAGAUUGCGGGUGCUGGAUGGUCUGGAGGUAGGGGAGGGGGAGAGGAAGAAGGCGGCUGAGCUGUUGCAGCGGGCGAGGAGAGCAUGA